CUCCGCACGUUGUUGCUUGUGGUGAGACUGAGGACCCACGCGCGGGUGUUUGAAGGAGGAGUCUGGGGACUGCAGACCCGGUGGAGAGGAGCGAGGGGGUAUGGUGAUAUUUGAGGACGUGUCUGUGAACUUCACCUGGGAGGAGUGGCGGGACCUCAGUGAUGCUCAGAGGACCCUGUUCUGCGAUGUGAUGCUGGAGACCUGCAGCCACCUGUUGUCAGUAGGGCAUGGUGUUAAGGAUCCUGAGGCGAGCAUCAGCUUGGAGCCGGGAGCACAGCCAGGGACUGCGGAAGAACCCCCCAGGCAGGACCUCUCAGAUGUCCAUCCUGUGGAUUGCCGGACCAAGGCCAGCUCCCCAAACAACGCCAGACAUUUAUGGCAAGUUCAUACUGCCGACAGCAUAAUACCCACCAACGACGGAACAGAUGACAUAGGGAAUAAAAGUAAUUUGGACGCAGUUUGUAGUUUGAGCCAUAGUGUCAAAAACGGAAUCAUUUCAGCAGUGAUGCCUGAGGUCUCUGCUAUCCUUCAAAACAUGUUCCCCCCUGAUGAGCCUCAUGAAGAGCAUCCUGGAAGGGCAGAGGAGACCUGUCAUAGAAUAAGGGAAUCUAUCAGGUCUUCUAAACACCUCAGUGAGGAGGUGACUCAGAAUUUCCCACAGCCUUUUGAAGUUUGUGAGCAAGAGAAUGCCUUGAACAAGGAAACAAUAUUUCCACAGAGAGGAGCGCUUACAGAAGGGACUGCCUGUAAACACGAGGCGUGUUGGGACACCUGUGGCGGGCGUCCUUUCGUCAUCCAAGGUAGAACCCAAGGAGGACAGACUCCCCGUCUAUGUAAAGAAAGAGGGGAGCCUGUUAAUGCGAAACCAGGACAUUUGCGCCGUCACUGGUAUGUUGAAGGUGAGCAGCAGACAGGUUGUGAAAGGGGGCCCCCUCUCAGCCACACACUUCACACCCAUCAGCAGGAGAGUGCUCAGUUAGGACAGACUCCUCAGGAGUGUAAUAGGCACGGUGACACGUGCUGUACAAGCUCUGUUCUUCCUGAACAUCGGAAAAUGCAAGCAGAUGAUGGACCUUUUAAAUGUGCAGAAACCCCUGAGCCUUCCUUCCAGAGUCAAUAUCAGGGAACCCGUACUACAAAGAAACUGUUUGGCUCUAAACACUGUGUGAAAACUUUCUCAGGGAAGACUGCCGUCACUGCACAUCCGCAAUCUCAAAUGGGAGUGAAGCAUUAUAAAUGUAAGCAAAUUAAGAAAACUUUCUCAGAGAAGUCAGCUGUUAGUGUUCCUCAGAGAAGGGAUCCAAAGGAGAAACGCUUUGAAUGUUUAGAGUGUAGGAAAACUUUCUCCUGUAAACCAGCCCUCAGUAAACAUCAGAAGACUCACACAGGAGAGAAACCAGAUGAAUGUCAACGUUGUAGAAAGUCUUUGUACCACAAGCCUGACCUUGGUAACCAUGAGAAGGCCGAUGCAGGAAAGAAAGCCUAUGAAUAUGAAAUGUAUUCAAAAACUUUUCCCAGAAAAUCAGCCCUCACUUACCGUCACCAGUCAAACUUGACAGAGAAACCAUAUGAAUAUCAAGGCUGUACCAAAAUGUCUUCUUGGAAGCUAUCCAAUAUUGUACAUCAGAGAAAUCACACUGAAGGGAAAUGUCACACUGGAUCGAAGCCCUAUGAGUGUCAAGAGUGUGGGAAAAGUUUUUCCAGUAAGUCCUACCUCACUGGACAUAGGAGAACUCAUACUGGAGAGAAGCCUUAUGAGUGUCAGGAGUGUGGGAAAACUUAUUCCUUUAAGUCAAGCCUCAAAAAACACCAGAAACGUCAUACUGGAGAGAAGCCCUAUGAAUGUCAAGAGUGUGGGACGGCUUUCCAUGGUAAGUCAGGCCUUCAUAGUCACAAGAAAACUCACAGAGAAGUGAAGCCCUAUGAAUGUCAGGAGAGUGGGAAAACGUUUUCCGGUAAGUCAGACUUAACUACACAUCAGAGAACUCACACUGGAGAGAAGCCCUGUGAAUGUCAGGAGUGUGGGAAA